ACCCGGAGCCUGCCGACUGGGACUGCCUUCUCCGCUCGGGCCGGGGCGGGCGCUGCGCGCUCUUUCCACCACCCCAGGCAUCAAGUCUCCAGAGAACAAGUCCCGGGGUCAGACGGCGUCAUGGAACCCCCGGGGCCGCAGCUGCUAAGUUUGGAGGCGCCGGGACCUGCGCCUUUUGAAGACCCCCCGCCUGCCGAGGAGCCGCCCGCCCCGGGAGUCCUCUGCACCGAGGGUGGCGGGGACGGCGGCGGCACGUCGGCGGUCCCGAGCUCCGACGCCGAGGGCCCGUCCCCGCAGGAAGAGACUGCCCCCUGGGAGCAGGAGGAGCUGCUGGAAAGCCGUCGCCGCCGCCGCUGCGGCGCGCGCUCCUUCCCUCUGCCCGCCGACCCGAUCCUGCAGGCGGCCAAGUUCCUGCAGCGGCAGCGGCCGCCUGCCCCGGGGCCGGGCGCGGAGGGCGGCGAGAGGGUCGAGGACGCGCCGCACAGCCCGGGCUGCUGCGCCAAGUGCCAGAAGCGGGUGCAGUUCGCGGACGCGCUGGGGCUGAGCCUAGCCAGCGUGAAGCACUUCAGCGUGGCCGAGGAGCCGCAGGUGCCGCCCGCCGUGCUCUCUCGCCUGCGCAGCCUCCCGGCGCGCGCCGAGAACCUGGAGCAGCUCCCGGGCCUGCUGGCCGCGGCGGCGGCGGCGGCGGCGGCCGCGCCCCUCCGCGAACAGCCUCCCCGACUGCAGCCUCUCUUCGAGCUCCCCGGGCCGAGCGCCGCAGACGAGCGCCUGCGGCGACAGCGCGUGUGCCUGGAGCGCGUGCAGUGCUCGGCACCCUGGGGCGCGGAGGUGACCGGCUCCGGCCGGGUGCUGGGCUGCCCGGGGCCACGCGUCGUGGCCGUGCGCUACACCUUCACCGAGUGGCGCUCCUUCCUGGACGUGCCGGCUGAGCUGCGGCCCGAGCCAGGGAAGCCUCCGCCGCCAGAGGCGCCGUCCUGGGGGCCGGGGGAGGCCGAGGAGGAGCCGAGCGCCGAGCGCUUCCACUUCGCGCUGUGCCUGCCCCCGGGCCUGCAGCUCAAGGAGGGGGAGGACGCGGACGCUCCGGACGUCGCCGUCCACUUCGCCGUCUGCUACCGCUGCGCCCAGGGCGAGUACUGGGACAACAACUCGGGGGCCAACUACACGCUGCGCUACGUGCGCCCUGCCGACGCGCGCUGAGCCCGCAGUCCUCGGCACCGCAGCGCUCGCAGGGACGCGGGAAGGGGCCGACGGCGCGCGGAGCCCAGGCAGCCGCGACGCUUUGCGGAGCGUCAUCUUUCUGGAGAGAAGAAGCCGCUCCCCGCAAGCUCGCGCCCCAGACAGAACCCGCCUGCAAGCACGGAGCCCUACCCGGCGAAGCGCCCUACCUUCCCGGCCUCUUUCCCGUCGCUUUGGCCUCUGGAGUUCUCGCCGCGCGUCGAAUGGGAAGAAAUCCUCAAGAUUCCGAGCAGUGGCUUUCUCCACGAAAAAGACUCCUGACUCCUGAGCGAGGCUGCAAACCCUUGGGAUUUGUCUUUAACUGUGGACGUCCCCUCGGGUCUCAGGGAGCGGUCGAAGCAUCCCGCCGCCUCGCGCCGAGGGACGGCGUGAACUGCGGGCCCGCGGGAGCCCGCGGCCUGUUUCUCGAGAAAACCAGGUGGGGCCUUGGCCGGGCAGUCCUUUUCUCUUACCUGGGAUCUGGGAAAUGUUUGCUGACUCGUGCGCUUGCGUACAAAUGUCCUUUUGAAAAGUAAAGGUCACGUGCACGUCUGUUACUUGAUAUUUCAGCUCCCGGAAGUUUGGGAGACCUUGGCAGUCGGGCCGUCUUCUUCAGCGGAUGAUGCUACACUUUAAAGUGGUCAAACAACAAUAUUUUCAAAUUUCCCUUCUUUCAUCCCUCCUGUCUGAUGUGGAAAGGCCCAGAUUUCCCAUAAUGGGCUAGAGUGUUCUUAAAAGUGUUUUGUAGAAGUCGUUCUUUCCCCGGGCAAAAUAAGAUGCUUGGUGAGUUGAAAUGCCGGCGGCAGGCCUUGGCGGUGAGCCGUCAGAGCCGGUCUUUGGCCUCCAGCCGCGAUGUGUAGGCAAAGCACAUCGCAGCUGCUAGACUCUUGGGCCAUUAGCAGUCAGAGACGCCGGACUCUCGGUGGCUGGACUCCAAGCCGGGGAGAUGAGGGAUGGAAGGGUGGCUUUCUGUCCCUCCUGGAGCCACAGCAGGGAGCAGCGGCUUGAAUGAUGAAGCAUGCCCAGCAAGAAAAUCCUGCUCCGAAUCCGGUGGGCACCAGCCUGGCUGGCCUCCUUCAUUCACUGCUGAUGGCUGUGAAUGCCAAGAUCAGGGCUGGUGAGCCUCCUGAGGACUGGAUUUCUUCAUACCUUGGUCCUGCCUUGGAGCAUGUGGCUUGGAGCACUUGGGGAAUUGUGGUCUGUGUCAUGUGUACUGUGUCAGGAGUGCAAGGAACAGCCUUCAGGAGGAAAUGUCAGGCUUUGCCUUCGUGUGACAUCAUGGGACUGACAGACGUGCCUUUUCAGCUCAUGCAAUGGACACGGGUUUAUAGGUUAAAAGAGGGCACCGUGGCAUGUGGUAACUUAACAGGCAGCCCUGGCAAACGGUGAGCUGUUUGCUGUCCAGCUUUGCCCGGUCAGUCCCCGUGAUGCCAGGCCUGGACGGUCUUCAGGAUGGGGGUUGUGUUUUGUAUGGUCACAGCGGCAAGGGGCUGGGAGCAGGGCAGAAACUGACAACCUGGGCCCAGCCCCGUGACCCCACCUGUCCUCCUACAGGGCCAUCCUGGCCUUAUUGUCGAUAAGCGGGCCAGUGCCUGGAAACCCCCGGAAGAGGCUGACCCUGGCUUCUCCUCGGGACUAGUGAUGGACACUUUCCACUAGGUGACCUGCUGUUUCCUUGCUCCCCUCUGGACUCCCUCUGAUCGGGGAGGCUGUCAGGAUGCAGCCCAAAAUGGUCCGUUAACCCUCCAAGAGCUGGUUGCUAGAGAGCUAACACUGUAACUUUCGGUUCAUUAGGACCUAAACUCCUUUAAAUCUUUUUGGGACACGUUGUAUUUGCAUCUUGUAGAGUUUAGUUCUUUGGCUUUGCCCUCUGUGAGCAGACACAUUUUGGCAAGGAAAGAAGUGAGUGACAUUUGGGCUGAAUGGAGAGUUUUUGAGAUGGCGAAGAUCAAGGGCUUGCUUUUAAGACGCGCUAGUGAGAUGCGCCCCGUGGAUCUAAUAGGAAAGCAGAAGUCUAUUUAGGUCAUGAGUUCAGAGCCACUUCAACCCGGAAAAUCUUCAGAUACACAAACACCUCUGGUAAAGCAAAGGCAUUUUAGAGACACUUACAGACACGUAAAAACAUUAGAGCAGUGUAACUACUCAUCCCGUUCAUAUUGUUGGCACAGCUCAGGUUCUCUGAAACUCGUUGGCUCGAGUCACUGCCCCAGGAGAACCGACAGCACCCUGAAGUAUCCCAGAACGGGAAACUCAUUCUGAAAAUCUGAACUGAAUAAAGAUUGAAAGCAGGUGGGUUUUGUGAACUAAGCUUGGAACAUUUAAUCUCCAAGUCGAAAAAUUCAUGAGCACAUCCCACAGAAGGUCUUUCUACAAAUAGCUACAUGUGUUAUGUCAAGGAAGCAUCCACUCCAAAAGACAAAAAGUUUAUGGUUAUGGGAAACUCAUGGUCUUUAUAGGGGCCCCUGGCAGGGCUCUCUAGUGUUUGUGGGUCCAGCGCCUCUCUGGACAGCUUUGGGUGAAGAACCCGUUAUCAGGAGGCUGUUCUGGGGCAGCU